GAGUCGCGUCACUUCCGGUCCCGAGGGGGCGGGGAAGAAGCCGGAAGUUGAGCUCUGGCGGUGGAGAUGGAGGAGAGCGAGUACGAGUCGGUUCUCUGUGUCAAGCCGGAGGUCCAUGUCUACCGCAUCCCGCCGCGGGCCAACAACCGUGGCUACAGGGCAUCAGAAUGGCAGCUGGCCCAGCCAUGGUGGAGUGGCCGGCUACGGAUCACUGCGAAAGGGCAGGUGGCCUACAUCAAGCUGGAGGACAGGACCUCAGGGGAGCUCUUCGCCCAGGCCCCAGUGGACCAGUUUCCUGGCACAGCUGUGGAGAGCGUGACUGACUCCAGCAGGUACUUCGUGGUCCGCAUUGAAGAUGGAAAUGGGCGACGUGCUUUUAUUGGGAUUGGCUUUGGGGACCGAGGGGACGCCUUUGACUUCAACGUGGCAUUGCAAGACCAUUUUAAGUGGGUGAAACAACAGAGUGAGUUUGCAAAACAAGCCCAGAACCCAGACGAAGGCCCCAAAUUGGACCUGGGCUUCAAGGAGGGCCAGACCAUCAAGAUCAACAUCGCAAACAUGAGAAAGAAGGAAGCAGCACCUGGGACGCCAAGAACCAGGCCUGCCAGCACAGGAGGGCUGAACCUGCUGCCCCCUCCUCCAGGGAGCAAGACCUCCACUCUUAUCCCUCCCCCUGGGGAGCAGUUGUCUUUUGGGGGCUCUGCAGCCCAGCCAGCAGUUAUUUCUGUUUCAGGAGGUGCCACAGAACCCUGGCCACAGUCUAAGCCUGCUGCCACCACCACUGCUGAUAUCUGGGGCGACUUCACCAAAUCCACAGGGUCGUCGUCCUCCAACCAGUCUCAGCCAGGCACCGGCUGGGUCCAGUUUUGAUGCACAACUUUUUCUUCAUGACUUCUGGGAAGGAGCUGCCUCAUCCAGGCCCACAGAAGGAGGCAAAAGGCUCCUUGGCUAGCCCCUGGAGCGUCAUUGUCCUCUCCUUGCCUGGCUCUCCUGACAGCCUGAGCACAA